ACACACACAUACACACACGCAAGCACACACACACGCACAUACACGCACACAUGCACACCAGGCUCACUAGAGAAACCCCAUCUCUCAUCAGAGUGUCAGACUUUGGUCUUUGUGCCAUGCGGAACCGCCUUCCCUCUCUACAAAUUGCAACUUUCGAAAGUGAAGAAAGACCACCUGGUUUAACACACCGGCUGCCCCUCGCUGGUCUGAUGGACUGCCACUGGGGAGUGUGGACACCACGGCUACUCGGCAUGAGCCAUGAGCCAAAGUCGCCAUCGUUAGGAAUGAUCUCCACGGCAACACGCACCACGGCUACCGUCAGCCCUCUCACCCCCUCCCCCAUCAGCGGCACGGUUCUGGCCAAUGGGAACACCGCUUCCCAGUCCGCUCACUCUGGAUUUGCCGCUGCUCUCCGCAAACUGGCCAAGCAGGCGGAGGAACCCAGGGGCCCUACCUCUGUCAGCGGUGAAUCAUCUCCUGUUUCCUCUCCAGCCACCAAUCACAGCUCUCCGGUGGGCACGCCCAAGCGGGGUCCACUAGUGUCGGGGCCGGGUCUUGGGGCUCCUUCUGCCGUCCACAGUGUGUCGAGUACGCCACCCGUGGUCACCAUCGCUCCUACAAAAACAGUCAAUGGCAUGUGGAGGAGUGAAGGCAGACAGGCUGAGGCCACACUGAGAGGGCCUGCUCGAGAGCGGCUGCCCUCAGACCCUCCUCCUCCUCCUCCGACCCAGGAGAAGACAGUCUCCUCUCUUCCCCCUCACCUCAUGGGGCCGCCUUACCCUUUUGGCCUGAACCCCAGUGCAGUAAUGCAGGAUCCUCGUCUACAAGCCCUUAAUUUAUCACGUCAGAUGCCUCAUGUUCUGCAGUCAGGGGCUGUACCAGUUGGUGCAGUGUCUUUGGGGGCGGUGCCAGAGGAAUACCUGCGCAGUGGGUUCCGCCCCUAUAGUUCUGAGGACUUGAGACUAACUUCACUCCCGUUAGGGCUGGACCCCGGGUACUUUCGCUCAGGAUAUCUAGCCUACCCUGCCCUAUCUUCAUACAGGGGAGGCAGAGAGCUGGGGUUAAUGAAGUGAGGCUACAGAGAUAGUGAUGCAGCAGCAGGAGCCACUAAUGAGCUGUUCUGUUCCCCUCUUUCCCCCCGCCGCUGGGC